AUGUCAACAGAACCCCCACGCACUCCAGAUCGCUCGGCGCUAGGGGAGUCAUGGGUUGUCGCUUCCACGAUCUCGAUCAAGAAUAAUGAUUCCAGCCCUGCAGCUAGCAACGAUCUCGCAAGUCCGACGCCGGCGCCCAGGAGAGAAAAGCCAGUUGAUACCGCCAAGCCGGUAAACAAAACUACAAGCCCGAAGCCGAAGCCGAUUCCAGACCAAAGCCAGAGCCAAAGCAAGCUAUCAGAGUCACUGACCUCAUCCACCUCAUCAUGGAGUAUGAGUAUGUCUGGCCCGGAGCUCGUCAUGCCGUCCAUCUACGAGGUACCCAUCUCAGAGGCAUCAUGGGUUGUGCCGAAUAUGCGAUCCGCAGACAAAAACGCCCCGCAGAUGAGGAAGCGCCGCAAGGUCAUACCGAGUGGAAAGCAGACAAGCCAGUCCAGCAUCAAACCUGGAGCAUCAGACGCAGGUUCGUCCGCUUCAGAGCAUAGAACCAAGAAACCAAGCGUGAUCGCAAAGCUCUCCUCUCUCUACCAAGAGCAGUGCACGAUUCUCCGCACCGCCAUCAACACGAUCCUCAUCGCCUUGAUCAUGCACCUCCUCAUCCUCCCCGAACUCGUCUACCAGGCGCAACAUCUCUGCGCCUUCCCAACAAUACAAUCCACAUACCCAGCCAGCUGCGUCCCGCUCCACCCACGAGCCCUCCCCUCCAACCCCUUCCGCGCACCCAUCUCCCCGGAAGAAACCAUCAUCGCCGCACAAAACACCCUCGAAGCCAUCUUCACCAGCACCAUAUCUACCCUCACUCCACUCGCCCAAACUCUCAAAGACAGCGAAUCCACUCUCUCCACCCUCCAAACAAACCUACAAACCAGCCUACCCGACGCCCGCAACGCCCUCGCCCUCGAAUUCCAAGGCAGCGACGCCGCCCUGCGCGCCGCGGCUUGGGAAUUCGACUCGCUGCGCGCAGACCUGCGUUCCGCCAUAGACAGUCUCCUCGCAUCCCCACUGGCAUUGGAGUCCGGGGGCGCGACCUCGAUCGCGCGGGAUACCAGACUCGCGGCACAAUUGCGUCGACGGGCGGAGUAUCUCGAUCGAUUGAGGGCGCAGUUGCGGAAUAAAGCUGAGUCGCUGGGCGGACGGUUCGCCACGUUAGAUGAUCAUCUCGAGGCUAUUGAUGGGAUAGUAUCCCGUGAAUCGCGUCGGGCGUCGAUGAUGAACGGUGAGGGCCACCAUGUAGAUGCAGGGGGUCAACGCGGUGAGGGCUUGCUGCACUCUUUAUCAAGCUAUGCCGGAUUCAGUGCGCGGCUAUUCGGGUCAAGCUCGAGCUCGAGCUCGGACUCGGCCUCGAAAGCAAACUCGCACGAUGGAUCAACAGACCCAUCAUCUGCAGCUUCGUCCAGUGCAGACGCACCGCAGCGACCCACGAGCACCCUUGCAUUACUGAGGCUUGCAGGGACACAGCAUCGUGUCGUAGCCGAUGAAGUCGCUCGGCUGGCGAGGGCGUUGCGGGAUGAGCAGCGAGCUCGGUCGGGGCCCACUUGGUGA